GACCCCUUGACCCCUACAGCAAACCUCAAGAUGCUGCUCAGUGCAAUGAGUCCGGAGAUCAGAAACAUGGAGAACAAAAAGAAAAAAGCGAGAUUGUUUGAUGACAUGGUCGAAGCGGCGUCACAAGGAACAGUAUUACCUAGACCCCAAGGAACAGUGUCAUCCUCCAACCAAGAAACCUCCACUAUGAACUCAUCAUCUGGACAUGAUACAUCUUUCCUUUUGUCACCUUCAGAUGAAAACGGAGUAGAGGAAGGAGAGAAAAACAACAGGAAAGCCAAGUCUCUUGGAUUACUUUGUCAAAAAUUCUUGACAAAAUAUCCUGAUUACCCGAAAGAUGGAAAGGCCAUGGAUAUCUCCCUGGAUCAGAUCUCUAAAGAUUUGAACGUUGAGAGAAGAAGAAUCUAUGACAUAGUGAAUGUCCUUGAGAGUGUGGAGAUGGUCAGCCGGAGAGCUAAGAACAGAUACCUGUGGCAUGGCAGGACACAUCUCUACAGGACACUAGCAAAACUAAAGUGCCUAGGUCAGAGACAGAAGUUUGCUGAGCAGCUAGCUCUCCUUCACAGUCGAUUAGAAGACGGGAGUCUAUCGAUGGAUGAAAGCAAAUCACCGGUAUACGGACCGGACAGGACGAUGGGAGACGUUGCUAAGCAACCACUCCAGGACGUUGCUAGGCAACCUCUCCAGGAUAUCAGCAAUUUCUUGAAAUCUCCGGUGGAGACGGAGAUGAGGAAAGAUGGGAGAGACAACUGGGAAGAUGAUACAAAGAGAGAUAAGACGUUAGGAGUGAUGAGCCAGAAAUUCAUCAUGCUCUUCUUAGUGUGUAAGGAUCGGAUCAUCUCAUUGGACGUAGCUGCCAGGAUCCUGAAAGGAGACCAGAAUUAUCAGAUCGGAGAGAAUGCAAAGUUUAAGACUAAAGUAAGAAGACUGUACGACAUUGCAAACAUCUUGACUAGUCUGAAGCUGAUUGAGAAGAUUCACCUGUCUGAGGGACGCAGUCGUAAGCCAGCAUUCAGGUGGAUAGGACCUGAUCCAGAUACAAGUCAUGUUGACUGGAGUGAACUUCCAACAGGCACUAAACCGACCCAGAAGCAUUCCUACUUUCCUCUCCCUCCUGUGAGUUCUGAUUCCUGGUCUUCUAACCCCACCCACAAACAAACCCCAGCGAUGGUCAAGCUACCCCUCGGCAAGACCACGCCCCUCAAGUCCCGCCUCACCUGGAGUCGGACCGCAUCCUUUAGCGCCAUCUGUGAGGUAGCAGAGCAGGAGUGCCGCAAGUAUUCCUCAGCCCCAAGCAGUCCCGUCAAGGAUGAGGAGGAGGAUGAGAACGAAGAGAAUAGCUCUUCUUCGACCCUUAGCAACGGCACCAAAAAAGAGGAAGAUUUCAUUCAGGAGUUUCAAGCCCUGCGAAACAAGUACCCUGCCUGCGUGUCCAGACUGUUGUUCUCUGGCCCAGCCGUGACCCCAUCUGACCCUUCACCCCUGACCCCUGACCCAGCACCAUUGACCCCCGAGUCCUUGCAGUAUCAGCUGAGCCCAAGAGACACCUCUCAGAUGACCACGAUGGGGGUAGCCAGCCCCAGAGGCCAGGGAGGAGACUGUAGCAGUGCUUCUAAGACAAAAGCACAGAAAUUGGUCUAUGUGCAGAGAUUUGUCCCUUUGCUGAAUGCCAAUACCAUGGCAGCCGUGCAAGCAAGCACCUCCCAUCAAACAGAUCCUGGCAACCCUACCAUCAUGACUGGAAGCCGAACCAUCGUCGCACCAAACAGCGCCCUAGUUAGUGGGCCACGCGCUGCCGUGAUAUCACCCACCCCAGGCUCCGUCAUCCGUUUACUGCCAAUGAGACAAGAGAAUUGGGUUCAGCUUCCUCAUGGCAGUGAUAUCGGCUCUAGGAAUGCCGUCAAUGGUACUCAACAUGAGACUGUAAGCUCAGUAGCUCAGCCAGAGUCAGGAGCAACCCAAAUCAAGUGUGCUGGAGUUCCUAACUCCAACCAAUUAGUGACCAUCAUACGACGCAGCAAACGAGCGGUCAAGCUUGCGCUGGACAAGGAGUUUGAAUACCAUCCUAUUAUCAAGAAGGUCAAGUCAGAAACAAAUGUUGAGAAUCCACCUGCCAAGGUAGCGGUCUCUGAGCCUGCCAAGAACCCCACCGUGAUCAUCACCCACCCCACCCCUCUUGUCAGCAUGCCUGAAGGACCCCACCCCCAAGCACACACCCCAGCACCCCACCCACAACACAGCUCCGCCCAAGUAGAAACAGGAGACCCCACUUGUUAGGAAUGAUUCCAAACUGAGACGAGCGGCCCUCAAGCACGUCAAACGCCGUCUCACAAUAGACCUGGAUAAAGAACCAUCUGAGACAACCCAUCA